UCACCCCGCUCCACAUUGGCCCGCAAUACGUCUCUAGACAUACCACUUCAAUCAAUUUACCCUGGACUUGCAAAAUUGGUUGUUGGUGUUUGCUUAGUACGUUAUCAUCGAGUCACUUCACGAGUAAGCUGCAGCUGUUCGCUCCAUAAUUUGGAUCUUACCAUGGUAGAGCGACAGGAGUUCAGUGGUCAACUUUUGAAGAUAAUCCAUUGAAGCGACUAAUUCAAGGGCCAAGAUAAGUCUCCCGAUGUUACAAAAGAAAACGUGACCAACAGCGAAGAUGAAUGAGGAGAUCAGUAACCGUCCACCAACCAAUGAGGAUUUUGUAUUACUGCCGGGCGAAGUUAUGUACCGUGAGAGUAGUUUAGAUGUUCCGAGGGAUGCCAGCAACGCAGACAGAACAGCCUGGAAGCAUCUUAGAGGCCAGACUUUGAACACGUCGACGGCUUCCGGAAAUCCCAAAGAUAUCACAAGAGGGCGAAACAGCAAGAUUACAGCAAGUCUAGAAAUGGGGCCUGAUGGUGCAGGACAACAAUUGGUCGAUAGAAACAGUGCUGAUAGUGGUAUUAGCAACGGAGUAGGAGCACUGUGCAGGUCCUUAAGUUAUGACACUUUCGUUAACUUAAACAAAUCCUCACGGGCAACACUUAGAAGGCACACUACACCUGAUCUUGUUAUUGAACGCACUGAUACUGGUCAGGCAAUGUCCAGUGUUCAAAACAAAGAGGGACACCUGAGGGAAGAUGAUCAUCUCCCAAAUGAGAUACAAUCUCAGAACGCAACUGGAACCGUUCACAAACGGGAAACGGGGGCCAGAAGGAUACGCUCGACCACGAUGCGCUUCUUUCGAAGUCUCUGCAUCUGUAUUCAACGGAGGAGAGAGAUGCCGGGCAGCAAGCCCAGUGAGAAUCACGGAUUUGUACCGGAUGGGUCACAUUCCUCGUCUUCAGAAGGCAGGUUAAUUGCUCGACAUGCAUCUCUUGGUGAAGCAACUGCCGACAGUCUCUGCACGGAGGGCAUUCCUGACCAUGCGGUUCCAUCUACACAAUCACCUCAAAAUCUCAAAUGGUCAGUAUUUGAAAGCAUUGGAAUUUCGUUGGAUGAGAGCACUUUCAUUAAACUGUUCGAUAGAGCAUGUCAAAAGGCUAAAGAGAUGGACUACGACGUAGUCGGUCGCGUUGUUCAGAUCGCCAACUUUGCUGCCGCUAUGCUGGAUAGUCGUGGUGGAUUUCUGUCUGUUGAUGCACUGGAUGUUCAUCUCUUCAUUCCACCCGGUGCCAUACCCGCUAAUGGACGACCACAGAGAGUCUACAUAUAUGUUCAAGGAAGCUUGACCAGCGGUUGCAAUUAUCUCACACCUUACGUUCUCUGUGGCCCAUCGGAGGUUGACUUCGUGAAGGACGUCAUUCUGACGUUGCCACAUUGUGCGAAAGUUGACCCCUACAACGAGUUCACCUGUGUAAGAGUGUCCACAAGCGGACUUUCUACAAUCCGAGGUGGAAACGAAGGAGCUGUGUGUCUGCAGAGCAAAUCUUUCACUAUCAUGACGAAUCAUUUUUGUGGAUUUGCCGUAUUUGGGCCCAUUGAAGCCAAGUUUAUGCUGGCCUGUAUCUUUAUCAAGGACAACAAAGAUGAGGUGCAAAUUCGGGUUCGACUUUUUGAUGACACAAAAGCGAAUUUACAGGAAGUUGCUUAUAGAGAAAUGAAGAAUGGUUUCACUUUGGCAAACACGACGAAGCGAAUGGAGGUACGACGCACGGGAAGCGACGUGCUGGUUACUUUGAACACUGACCCGAAUUCUUGGGAAUGUACCAGCCAAGAGUGCCAGACCUUUCAACAUUCGUCCCUUUGGCGAGAGAGCAGUCAAGACAUCGUGCCAGUGUUCCAAUCGAAACUGUUCUCUGCCAGAUGCUGCAAGACUGGACUACCGUUUACAGCCAACAUGAAAGUGUGUCAAAAAGGCAACGAAACUAGUGGUGUGGAAUUUGUUCUCGAGAGGCUCCCGACUAGAGUGAAGACAGGCUCCUCAACACACAGUCUCGAAAAACAGGAACAGCAUGCGGGCCAUGUGAUGUUGGAGCAGAUGAAGUCUACGGUGCACACCGACGCCAGGACGCUAGAUGACGAUACCUACAGACGGUUGUGCAACACGUUGGACAGACCACAGUUCAGUGACUUGAGGCAUAUGUUUUCAAAGACUCUGCUUGGGCAGAAUGGUUGGGACUACGGCGUAAUCACAUGUAUCGAGAAAAGAGCGGGAGUCGGAAGCCGUAGCCCUACCAGUCUUGUUUUGGAUACUUUCUUCGCCGCGUCAAAGGGGAACGGCAAAACAAAGCUGAGUAUCCUUAAAGAACUGAAGCAAGGUCUUCACAAAAUGAACUCCACAGAACCAGACUUCAAAUUGCUUGUCGAUUCAAUCGACAGGGCAAUACUAGAGCUUCACCUGCAAAUAAGCAAGCGAAGCAAUGCGAGCAAAAUUCCCUGUACUGUUGGCUCCAGAAAAGAGCCCUUUACUGGUCAUGCAAGUCCACAGAUAUCAUCAUCCUCAGACAGAAGAGAAAGUCAAAGACCUGCGUCAUCACCCCCACAUCCACCGUCUGCCAAUGACCCUUCGUUGAUUUCUAACCAAGAUUUAACACUGGACAGGGGCGAAUGCUUAGCAUCAUUCGAUAGAAUGUGGUCUAAAGCGAAGAGCAUGGGCAUCGAUAUUGUCGGGCGUGGGGUUCAAAUCGGCAACUUUGCAGCCGCUGUUCUGGAUACCAGGGGAGGAUACUUGUCCGUUGACGCUUCAAAUGUCCACUUUUAUGUCCCUCCUGGCGCCAUAGCCGCUGACGAGUCUCCUCAGAGAGUGUAUAUUUUUGUGGAAGGGUGCAUUAGCAGUGGCUGUGAUUUUCUCACCCCGAGCGUGCACUGUGGUCCGUCGACUCUCCACUUCCGUAAAGAUGUCAUCCUUACUGUUCCACAUUGUGCUUGCUACACGUUAGACUGCAACCUAACUUUCGUUAAGGCUACCAAGGGAAAACAAACAAGGACCAUCAAAGAUGGUGAAGAUGGGGUCGUGGUUGUAAAAAACAAGUCUGUAACACUGACCAUGGACCAUUUCUGUCGAUAUGGAGCGUCUGGGUUCACCUCCGGAAGGUAUAUGCUAGUCUGCGUAUUCCUCAACCAAACGAACGAUAAAGAAGUGCGGAUUCGUGUCCGACUCCUCAACAACACCAAAACUAACCUUCAAGAAGUCAAGGAUGAAGAGAGGGAGUGUGGGUUUCUCAUUGCAGACCCUGUCAAGGAACUCCGAGUACAACGUUCAGGAAAGGGUGUUGUAGCGAAAUUAAGUUCGACGACAGAGUCCUGGAAAAUCACUUAUCCCGAGUGCUGCAAACAGGAGAUCGAAUUCUGUCAAUUAUGGCGGGAAUACAGUCCAGACAACGUCAGGUGCUUCCCGUCCAGGUUGUUUUAUGCCAGUCGCCAGUCAUCGGAGACAGCCCCCUUUGAGGCUCGAAUGACCGUUUUCCAAGUUGAUCGAGAGCAACAGACAGUGGAAUUCGCUGUUCAAAGGUGUCCAACCGUCGACAAUCAUCCUAACCCCUGUUUAUCAUCCAAAGACCUUGAUCACCUCUUUUGGCGCAUGCUUCAAGAAGAAAACGUUGCCCCAGUCCACAGCAGUAUUCGACCGAUUGAUGAAGACACUUUCACCAGACUCUGUGAACUACUGGAUACACCGAGGCAUGUCGACUGGCACCAUCUCCCUGAAUUCCUGUAUGAUAGGCGAGAAGAUCGCGGAACAGCAUACGUCCACAGGAUUGAAGCACGGGCCGGGCGCGAACGACGAAGUCCCACAGAACUCGUCCUGGACUUGUAUUUUGCUGAAUCUAAGGACAGAGGCAAGUACAGAGUGCAUACCUUGCUAGAUUUGAAGCAAGCUCUAAUUGGAUUCAGCUCCAAAAGGCCAGAUGUAGGCUUUGCUAUCGCUGCCAUUGAUGUCCAGCUGGAGGAUGGUGAACUCACUGAAAGCACAACAGUUCAAGAAAGCCGUGUUUCAUUAAUUAGGGAACAUGCCAAAGUGCACAAAACACACUCUAGUGAAAGUGGCUUUCUAAGUGGCGUUGAAGACGAAGGCCAAGGGGUGUAACUUUCGAAGAGAAGUUUUGAUUAUGUCGGGUCCAGUGAAAAUUUUUCUUCCAAUUUUUGACAAGUUGUAGUUCUGCUGUCUGUUUGUAAGCAGAAAUUGUCAUGACAUUGGUUGAUGAAUUUACAUUUUUUAUGAUUAUUUUAUGAUCUCGCUCGACUGGCACUUAUAUUUUGAUCGUUUUAUUUUUGUAAAACAGGUUGAUACUGUUGGAGCUCGAUAAUGCGCAAGACACAUUCAAUAACUUUUUAACAGGGUUAAAAUAUUAAGCGGAAACACACGGAGUGGAAUUUGUAAAGCGAAUGUCUCAGUGAACACAUCGGGAGGAGUUAACAAAGGCAGUUUAGGCUACAAAUAACUCUUGUCUGAUUUGUGGUUUAUGUAAAACAUGAAAUGCAGUUAUGUGUGAUAGGCCUACUCUACUUGUAUUCCAUUCCAGAUUCAUUGUGUUUUAGGUCAACACACGGUAGAUAUCUUCUACUUGAUCGUUAAACAUAAUAAAAUGUAUGCUUGUUUCAUUUUAUUUCUUCACUGCUUUCGCAUUUCUGUACAUAGCCCUUAAGAAGAGCGAUUUUUGUUUGGUUUGUGAGACCGCCAUGUCUUAGAAACAGCCAGGGUUGAAGUAAAGAGAGGUCACUAUAAGAGGUAUAAGUUCUCAAAUUGAAGUAAAAUUUAGGUAGUGUAAAUCUUAAAUACAGGAAAAAGAUAAUCGAUGACUCGCGGUGUCGUGUUGCUGGUAGCGACGUUUCGGCUGCUGGUGCUGCUAGCCAUCACCCGGCAACUGAAAUCUGGAUGCUGGACCGCGUCCUCCCCGUGUCCCCCGCCGUGUAUUGCGGACGUAGUACGGGUGACCUCAGCGGGCGUCGCACGCUCCACUCCAUGGCGUUGAGGGGGCGUGCCCUCGGUGUUGCUCCGUUGCGCUCCGGUGGUUGUGUUGGCGGAUGGUGGGGAGCCAGAACCCGGGGAUGUCGAUGCCGCUGUCCCUGUUGAUGUUGUGUCCAUUUAGGCAGAUUUGGAUGGCCUCCUUGAUGCUGGUCUUGGUCCACGCACUGCACGUGUAAAUCUUGGUAGUGUUAUUUUGAUAGGCAGUUGUUUAAUUUUGAAGACAACUCAUCCCACAUUAUUUUUAACUUGUUUCUGACCAGAACAUUCUCUGACAUUUCUGGCUCAAAUCGCAAGUUUGAGCCAGAUAAAUGCAAACUGAAUUUCUUGGCUGCGGCUUGAGAAAACACACGACUCUACGGUAUAGUUGCUGCAGUCACAUCCAAUAGAGUUGUGUGUGAUUUCAAGCCGCAUCAGCCAAGUAAUAACUUCGGACACUUAAUUAUACUGCAAAUUGUAACGUAAUAAUGGUGGCGACUUUACCAUUGCUUCGCUCCUAAGAAGCAAUAGGGCAACGAAACACAAUCUCAAAGGUGUAGGUGAUUGACAUUUUGGCCACGGUUGGCCAAACGCCAAUCUAAAUGCAUUAUUGUACGGUGUGGUUAUUUUUUUAUACGUAAGUACAUGUAUGUAUUUAAAUUGCCACUUGUAUUUACUGGGUUCAGCGCUCAUAGUGAAACACAGCCAGGGGCAGUACAAAGUGGCAGAAUGAAACGGACUAGAUAAAUGCUAUAGUCGAGACCAUCAUAACACCAGGCACAAGACCAGACAUAUUAACCACAGGACCAUGUAUAAAACCAAUACAACACCAGGAACAAAAAGACCAGGCACAAGACGAGACAAAAAACCAUUCGCAAGAACCGUCAUGAGACCAGACAAAGGUAACCAAGUGAAUGGUAAACAAAGGAAUGCUUUUGUUACAGUUCAUUUGAAUAGUUGUGACUUUAAUUCUCUCUGUGUGUCUUGUGUUGGUCUUGUGAUGGCCUUGUUGGCCUGGAUAACUUUCAAGAAAAAGAUUGGGACGAUGAAAGCAACCUGGCACUGGCUUCGGUGACUAGCAAGAAUGCAAAGUGGGGUGGAAAAAUGAAAAAAAAAACCCAAAACAAAAACAAAAUAAUGAAUAGUGUGUGACUGGCAUUUCCAAAAUCAUUGUCAUUUCAUCCACACCGGACGACUAUUCAGUUUUGAAGAGGGCAAAUAACAUUAAUACUGGCUAGGAACAAGAAUCUUCGGAUAUUUUGUCUUGAAAUGAAGGCUUUUUAAUUCACUGAAUAUAACGAUCAGCAGGAAAUAGAGUAGUUUAUGAACUGAGAAACAGAGUACCGUGUAACUGUUCUCCUUUUCGGCACGGAAGGAAAAGAAGGCUGUUAAUACCGAGCGUUGCUUAGAGAAAGAAAUAUCUGUUUUUUUCUGUCUAAGUUGUACAGGGUGAUGUGGGUGCUACGGAGGCUCUCUCCCGACAAGCAAAUGCAGUGUGUUGGGCUCCGCAAAUCUAAAAUGGAGGGUGCGCUUGUUAGGUCGAAGACUCGUUGGAUGGAGAGAGGGGAGAAACCUUCCUUAAUUUGGAAAAGCGUAAUCUUGUUAACAAAUCAAUCACCUUUACUGUUAACAACGAUAAUUCUAGACUGACACAGAGUGAGGACAUUCUUUUAGAAACUAGUGAAUUUUAUAGCGCCUUGUAUUCUUACAGGAAAGUAGACAGAGUUAAUUUACACUCCACUUUGAGCAAGGUAGCACUCCUGUUCUCUCCGAUACUAUGUGUGACCAAAUGUAAGGUCCGUUGACCCACGAAGAGCUCGUACGAGCCCUUAAGAGAAGUAAAAACGAAAAAUCUCUGGGUUUUAGUUUCGAAUUUUACAUGUUUUUGUUAAUGAUCUGUCAUGGUUCCUCCUCCGAUUACUGAAUUUUGCCUACACUGUAGGUCAAUUGUCAGUCACUCAAAAGAAUGGUAUUAUUACUCUUUUGCCAAAGGGUGAUAAACCCCGUCAGUUUCUUAAGAACUGGCGCCAUAUCACGCUUCUCAAUACUGCUUAUAAACUAGCGUCUGGUUAUAUUGCUCAGAGGAUUAAAACUUGUCUUCCACAAAUUAUCCACGAUCGUCAGAAAGGUUUCAUGGCCGGCCGUUACAUUGAGGAAAAUAUCUAGACCAUGUACGACUUGUUUUGUGUCGCCAAAGUACAAAUAUUCCAGGGUUACUUCUUUCGGUAGACUUUGAAAAAGAUUUUGAUUCAGCUUCUCACGACUUUUUACUUUAAUGUUCUCGACAACUUUAAUUUCGGUACCUCCAUUAAAAAAUGGAUUCACGUGUUUUAUGACCAUCGACCUCCUCUGUUUAGUUAAUGGUUUAGUCUCAGAAUCUUUUGAUAUAAGGAGAGGUUGUAGACAAGGCUGUGGUUGGAGCCUAUAUUUAUUUCUUUUAUGCGCCGAAGUACUCUCUCUGAUGUUAUGUAAUGAUCAAAAUGUGAAAGGUAUUGAGGCGGAUGGUUCUGAAUUCUUGGUAUGUCAGUAUGCUAAGGAUACAAUUCUGUUUCUCGAUGGAACUGAAAGAUCUAUGUACGGUGCUUUCAAUGUUCUUGACCAUUUUGCAAAUAUUUCUGGAUUGAGAGUCAAUGUAGAUAAAACUAAUGCUGUUUGGUUUGGAUCAAUGAAAAAUUCCAGUGUAAAAGUAUGUAGACCUAGGGAACUCAUGGUUAAAUGGAUCAAUGCCCAGGAUACUUUUAAAGUACCCGGCAUUUAUUUUUCAACAGAUCUGUGUUCAAUAGCCUCGCCUAAUUAUAACAGAGUGUUGUUAUCGCUGAGGAAAAACAUUGCUCAGUGGUGGAAACGGAAUUUGACGGUUGCUGGCCGAGUGACUGUAGUUAAAUCUCGUCUGAUGUCGAAACUUACGUACUGUGUAUUGACCAUCCCUGACCCUCCAAAGUAUAUUGUGGAUGAUCUGAACAACAUGUUUUUCUAUUUUAUUUGGAAGGGAAAAGGUCGUGUUACUAGAAACCAGAUGGUUCAAGACUACAUAGUGCAUGGGUGGCUUGAAGAUGAUAGAUACUAGAGCUUAUAUCGAUGCUCAAAAUUACUUGGCUCCGUAGGCUUUUAGUUUCAGAAGGCUCUGCCUGGUCACUUUUGGCCCAUGUUAUACUUGGUACCUAUAGUUCGACGGUUCUCGAAGGGGGUUCUUUUCUUUGGUUCACUGCCGAUAACCGUUUAUAUGUACAUAAUCAAUUUUGGGCCGAUGUAUUGAACUCCUGGUAAAAAUUUACCUCUUGUCAUAAACCUGUGUCCCACAAAGACGUCUUAAAAAGUAGUCUUUGGUUCAACAAUCUUGUUAAAGUUGGUAACAAAUGUAUUUAUUACAGACACAGGGCGUCGGCCGGUAUUCUUUAUGUUAGUGAUCUUCUAGAAGACAAUGGAAGGUUUCUACCACUUAAUUCUUUGAAAGACAAAUUUAACGUUCGUACAAACUUUAUUGAAUACGGUGCUGUUGUUAAAGCUGUUAAGUGUACCUUCCAACAUAUAUUUGAAACGGAGAACAUGAAUGUGAACCGCCCCUUCAUUCCUUUUAAUUUUGAAGUUCUUUUACGGGAGAAGAGAGGUUCUAAGAGAUUUUCCCAGACUUUUAUUACUUCAAAGAAAGUAGUAAGGAAAUACGUAGAACAGUGGAAUAACAAGCUACAUAUUGACGACGAUUUAAGUAAAUGGUCCUUAAUUUUCAAGGUUCCUUUCUCAUGCACAACUGACACAAAAUUAAGAUGGUUUCAGUUUCGUCUAAUCCAUAGAAUACUGGGUAAAAAUUCAUUUCUUUUCAAAAGUAACAAGGCUGAUUCCAACACUUGUCCUUUUUGUAAAACUGAGGAAGAAUGCCUAGUUCAUCUUUUCUGUAGCUGUACUUAUUCAGGAAACUUCUGGUCCUCUCUAGUUUCGUGGAUUAAGGAGAAAACAUGUAUAAGUUUGUACUUGGACAAUCAGGCUAUGCUAUUUGGUAAUAUUAAUGUUACUUUAGAAUGUCUUAAUUUAAUACUUCUAUGUGCUAGAUUCCAUAUCUAUAAAGCGAAGAUGAACAAUAGACUCCCCUCUAUCUUAGUUUUUACAGGAAGGUUAAGCUGUACUAUCUCUGUGAAAGCAUUUAUCUACUGUAAACAGUGAUAAUCGAAGAUUUAGUUCAAAGUGGGACUUAUAUUGGGCUUUUUCAGGAGUGAGGUUACCGCGACACUCAUUUUGGUGAUUACUUUUCCAUAUCUAGUUUUAAUAAUGUUCAGAAAAAUCUAAUGUAUCUUAUGUUAUGUGAAUGUGAACUAAAGAAAGGGAAAUGCAUGAGUUACCCGGAAAAAUUUCACUGCAUAAAUCACUUACCUUUGCGAAUCGGCUUCUUAAUAACAAAGUCUGUAAACUAAAGAGAUUAAUGGGUGAAAAAUGAACGAAUAAAUAUGAAAAUUUUCAUCCAAAGACUAUUGAAUGACUUGUCGAACAGGGAAGUGGAACUCAUUU